UGAUGAGCGAUAUAAUAAAGUUGAAAAAAAGUUUGCUUGAAUAGUCGGGAAGUUAGGAGAAAGUGUUUCUUAACAACUCAAACUGUGACAAUGCUGCACCGUCCAGAGUUCAUCAGUCAGUGUCCAAUCUGGUGACCUCCCUCUCUUUGCCUCUCUAUCUCUCUCUUAAGUGUUAAUGUACUUUAAGUGACCAAUUAUUUAGUUAGUAUGUGUACGCCUCGAGUGUCUCUCCCAACAAGUUGUGGGGGGGGAAUACGGAGAACAGGAGCACCUAGAAGCAGAAGGAGGGGCCCCUCAGACCAGAGUGUAUAUUAGACCCUCACAAUCAGGGUCCACUAUGUUGGGACGACUACUUCUUCAGAGUGCAGUGAUCCUUUGGCUGGUGCAGACAGCGCACACGAGGGGUUAUGGAGCUGUAUCCGGAGUACAAAAUGGACAAGGGCCACAACAUCAUGGGAGGAGACCUCAGAACGGUGGAGGUGUAGGCAGAAUGCUGAUGCCAUCAAAAGGUGUGGGUCAGGCAAUGGGUGCACAAAAUGGAUACGGUGGAUACCCAACAAAAGGAAUAGGCUACGGUGCAGCUACUGGUGUGACCAAUGGAGGAGGGAUAAAAGGCUAUGGAGCAGCAGCUGGUGCAACCAAUGGACAAGGCAGCAAACAGCAGGGAGGAAAUCCAGCAGUUUCACCCAAUGGAAACGGAGCUAAAUCUAAUGGAUAUGGUGUUCCAGCCGGCCCGACCAAUGGACAAUCAAUGAAAGGCAACGGUUAUGGUGCGCAAGCUGGUGGAUAUGGCGGACAAGCAACUAAAGGCAAUGGCUAUGGAGUUCCUGCUGCUGCAACACCAAAUGGUAAUGGAGGACACUACAAUGGUUAUGGUGCUGCAGCUGGUGUUCCUGGUGGAAAUGGUGCUAAGGCCAAUGGUAAUGGUGCUGCAGCUGCUGCACACAAUGGACCUGUAACAAAGGGCAACGGAGGACAUCCUUCAGUUUUACCUAAUGGACAUGGAGCUACAUCUAAUGGAUAUGGUACUCAAGCCGGCCCAACCAAUGGACAGCCAAUGAAAGGCAAUGGCUACGGUGCACAAGCUGGUGGAUAUGGUGGACAAGCAACUAAAGGCAAUGGCUAUGGUGCUGGAUCUAAUGUUCCUAAUGGAAAUGGGGCUAAAACCAAUGGUCAAGGAGCUGCAGCCGGCGGCAGUGGAGCAAGACCAAAUGGACAAGGGGGAGCUGGGAGUAAACCUAUGAAAGGUUAUGGCAGACCACCUUUUGGGGCAGGUCCAGGUGUGGGGAUGGGACCCUCCAGAGGUCUGGGUGCACCUCAGCUUGCCAAGAACCAAAGGGCCCAAUCAUAUGGUGGUAAUGGUGGUAAUGGUUAUAAUGGCUAUGGAGCUCGACCCAUGGGAGGUUACAAUGGUGGUUAUGGCCAUGCUGGUUUGGGUCUUGGACCUCGGUAUGGAAAUGGAGGGAUGAAGGGACCAAAGCCAGGCUAUGGUGCUGCAGCUGGUGUACCCAAUGGGCAAGGUGCAAAAACCAAUGGUUAUGCUGGAGCCAGAGCCCCUAAUGGGAAUGGAGCAGUGCCAAAUGGUUAUGGAAACCCCAGUGGUGGAGCCACCAAACCAGCAAACCCAGGGUAUGGUAAUAUUCCAAAUGGUUAUGGCACCAAACCCAAUGGAUAUGGAGCCGCCAGAGGAGGUGCAAUGAGACCCCAACCAGGUUAUGGAAACGGAGCUGCUCCCAAUGGAUAUGGAGCUAAACCCAACGGUUAUGGAGCAGGAACUGGAGCUGGAGCUACCAAAGGUUAUGGAGCCAAACCCAAUGGUCAUGGAAUUAGAAAUGGUGCUGCCCUCGGAGGAUAUGGAGGAUAUGGAGGGCCAAACAAAGGCUCAAAACCUCAAACCACCAAAGGAGUUGGAGCAGUGUCACCCAGCGAAGGCGCCAAAUCACUUGGCAAUGGUAAUGGUUACAGUGGCCCUGCUGCUGUACCUAAUGGACAGUCGACCAAAGCAGCAAAUACAGGUUAUGGCAUGGUGCCAAAUGGGAAGGGCAUAAAGGGAGCAGGUCCGUCCAAUGGAAAGGGCCUAAAAGGUGGAGUUCUCCCUCCUGAGCAGCCGAGCGUAGCACCAGUGGAGGUUUUUACACCUCAACAAGCGAUAAGUGAAGAUGCAGCACCUGUUGCCCCUGAGCCGACGAGUGGUCUCCUUGUUAUGGUGACACAAGAGAAGUAUCAAAAGCUGCCUUCACCGGUGACACAAGGAAAAAGCUAUAAACAGACACCGCUGAUCCCUCAGGCUACACCAGAACCAGCAUCAGUGAUUCCACAAGGCAAAUACCCAAAGCCUGCGCCUGAGCCCACACCUGAACUGGCAGCCACACCUGCACCAGUGGUUCUCCAGACUAACCCAGCACCUGAGUCAGCAGAAGUUCUUCCUCAAGAGAACGGAGGAGGAGCUACGAUCUCUAAGGGACAAGGAGCUAAACCGGCCAAACCCGACUGUGGACCAUCGGGAGUGCCAAACGGACAAUGGAUGAAAAUACCAAGACCUGGCUAUAAUGCAGGUGCUGGAUCAUCUUCUGGCACAAACACAAAAGGUUACGGAGCAGGAGCUGGUGUUCCAAACGGACAUGGUGCUAAACCCAACGGAUACGGUGCCAGCGCAGGGGGAUACUCAAACGGGGGAGGAGCUAAAGCAAACACACCAGGUUACAGAGCAGGCAGCUCCACUAUGCCUGGACUCAGUAAUGGAUAUGGAGCUGGAGUUGGUUAUCCAUAUGCAGGGAAACCUCAGCAACCUGUUUACGGACAGGGAGCGUACCUCGGAGCAGGAUAUGGAAACGGAAAUUCAUACGGAGGCAAUGCAGGUCUUGGUAAAGCCAAUCAGAAGUCCAAAUCAGGAUAUGGAAAUGGAAAUGGCUAUAGUGCUGGUGUACAGCCUGACUUUGCAAGCCUCGGCCAAGGUGUCCCCACUGCUAACGGCAAAUCAGGUGGCGCGAAACAGAUGCCUUACAAUGGAGCCCCAGUGGUUCCUGCAGGACUAGAUGGCAUGAGCCAAUUUGAGCCUCAGCCUGCUGGCGUUGGUCCAAAUGGAAAACUUGGAGGCAUGUAUGGAGGAAUGGGCGGCUUGCCUUUCGGUGGUCAGUCUCUGGGAAUGGGUGCAGAGAAAUCCAGCGCCAAGUACGGCAUCGGUGGGUUACAGUUUGGGGGACAGCCCCUUAAUACAGGGAUUAACGGUGCUUCACCUUAUGGAUAUGGUCAAAGCCCCUACUGGCCUGCUGGUGAUGGCAAAUCAUCUGGAAAAUAUGGUGGUCUUGGUGCCAGCAUGGGAGGGGAUCCUGCAGCUGGAAAUUAUGGAUAUGGGGGUUUACCCAACGGUGGACAGCUUCUUGGUCUUGGCAGUAACGGGAAUGCAGCCGGCAAAUACGGUUAUGGAAGAAUGCCGUAUGAAGCUCAACCCGCUGGACUGAGCCCUGAAACCAAAUCUACUGGGAAUUAUGGUCUGGCUGGUUCGCCAUAUCAGCCUGAGCAUCUUGGACUUGGACAAAGUGCCAAAUCAACAGGCCAGUAUGCUAACGGUGACGUUCCCUAUGCACCACAACCUCUUGGUUUUGGGAGUGAAGCAAAAUCUUCUGGAAAAUACGAUAAUCAGGGACCGUACCUGUCACAGCCCCUCGAAUCUGCAGCUCAAGGCGGACCUGGUGCAGAAUAUGAUGCAGCUGGUCUACCUUAUGAGCCUCUGCCUAUUGAGCCAGAAUCAGCUGGAAAAUCCUACGAUGUCUUAGUGAAGGGCGAUGUGCCGACUCCAGCGGUUGCAGUCGAAGGCGAGGGGAUGUCCAUUGAUAGAUAUGAUAACGUGGGCUAUAUAAAUGGACAAGUGCAGCCAGAAGUUGUUGCAUUCCCUGCAGCUCCCAGCCCCGGCCCCACCCUGGCCUACCCCUCUGUCCCAUCCUAUCUGCCCGCGGAGUCCUCCUUCACGCCCGAUGUGGCGCCUGGGGCGGGUGUUGAGGACCUGCCCUACCCGGCGGGCACUGACGACCUUUCUCUUGACUCCGCACCCGCCACAGAAACACAGGGCGUGGUCCAGGUGCCUGAGCAAACUGACGACCUGCCUCAACAGCAGCAGCUGCCACGUCAGAUACACAUUCAGCAGCACCUCAAACUGCAUUUUCACCACCAAGGAGCAAAGAAUGGCAAAUAUGAUGUGAACGGCUUCUUUGGGAACAGUGGCUAUCAAGGUUAACCCUGCUGACAACGACAAGUAUAAUCUCCUUUUCUGCCGUUGUAUAUUAUUGUGAUUGUCUCCUAACUGUAUAUUAAUUUUAUUUUCCUCUGUUGAAUAGUCCUGCUAUUUGUGCGUUGGUUUGUAAGUCUAGAUAGAUAUAUAUUAAAAAUAACAAAAAAACAUUUAAACAUUUUGAGAUGUUAGGUUUUCUGAUAUGUGUAUUUUUUAUGCAUCCUGCAUUACCUUUUUUGUCCUGCACUUACUGUAUAUGCAAAGAAUCGGUUGCUGGAGAAAUGGAGUUUGUGUUUUGUUUGGAUGUUUUCAACUCAAAAUAACCCUGUAAAAGGUAAAUCAGUCUAAUUUAUUUUUCAUGGGAAAUUGUUUUUUUACAGUAUUGUACAGUGUUCGAUUGAAUAAAACCAUCAAUGAAU